CUGGAGUCGCGCUGAUGGCUGGUCUUGGUGGUCACCUCAGUGAGAUCCACGAGGCUGGGACCUCCUAUACUCUGUGGGCCUACACAGGGAAUGCCCAGGUCACAUCCCAGACUAGUUCCCUGACCUAGGCCUGCAUGAGGCCUUCUGUCUGACCACAGUACAAGUGAGGGGCUCAUAGUAAAAAUGCAAACAGCUGCCAUUCGCUGGGGACUUAUCUACCAAGUGCUCUCCAAAGAUCAUCCCAUGUAAGCCUGAUGACAAUCCUAGGAGGGAGGGAGUAGCAUUAUCUCAUUUAACUAGAUGGCCAAAGAGACUCCGGGCACUUAAGUGACUUGCCCAAGGUCACAGUAUUCAAAUCCCAGGCUUUUAUUUAAUAGCUCAAGCCUCUAUACACUGUACACUGUUAUCCAGCCGUUCUAAACUGCGUAUGGUAUGUGUGUCUAGGUCAGGUGGAGGGAUGUGUGUGUUGGUGGGAUUAAGGGUUGAGAGCCAUCCUGCAGAUCCAGCAGUCUCCCCUGAACCUUAUUCCCUUAGCAGCCAGGAAGGAAUACAGGACUGGCUUCCCACUCUCUUUCAGCCCCCCAGCCUUGCCAGGGAAAGGGGGAGGGAGCAGGAUGGGCAGAGACAGGUGGGUCUUGAUGGUGCCCUUCACUGUGUCCUCACCAGAGCCCAGCUGGAAAGACCAAGAGAAUGGGGGAUUCUGGGAAGGAACAAGCCACACCCAUACCCUAUUUGGGGUUCCCCUGUCUCAGAGGUGACUGACUCCCAGGGGCGGAUCCAGGGCUAGCCUGGGCCUGGAAAGGUGGUUGCUGCUGCCAGCCUUGCCAGGAAGGAAGGAAAGGGCCCAGGGUACUCCCUGAGGGACGCUGGGCCACAUACCACCUGCGUGGCCCCCUGCUGCCCAGUGGCUGACAGCCUAGGCAAUCCUUAUAAGCCAGGCCAAAGUGGCAGGGAGGGACUGAGGAGUGGCAACCUCCACCCUACAGCAUAGCUCCUACCUCAGGAGUCCCACUGUGAAGAUCCCAGCUCUGGUGGCCUUCAGGCCUCGCCUGGAAUGUGAGCUGGGUGUUCUUCGCUGUAUGGAAGGGAAGUUUCAAACACAAGCCCCAGAGGAGUCAGGGCCUUCAGGCCUGGGGCAUUUACUGGCGCCUGAAGUCUGAACUCCAAGCCAGAGCAACGCUGUGGGGCUCACACACAUCACCACCAUGAGCGAGGCAUUUGACUGUGCGAAAUGCAGUGAGUCCCUGUAUGGCCGCAAGUACAUCCAGACAGACAGUGGCCCCUACUGCGUGCCCUGCUAUGACAACACCUUUGCCAACACCUGUGCUGAGUGCCAGCAGCUUAUCGGGCAUGACUCAAGGGAGCUGUUCUAUGAGGAUCGCCACUUCCACGAGGGCUGUUUCCGCUGCUGUCGCUGCCAGCGCUCUCUAGCUGAUGAGCCCUUUACCUGCCAGGACAGCGAGCUGCUCUGCAAUGACUGUUACUGCAGUGCCUUCUCUUCACAGUGCUCUGCCUGUGGAGAAACUGUCAUGCCUGGGUCCCGGAAGCUGGAGUAUGGAGGCCAGACGUGGCAUGAGCACUGUUUCCUGUGCAGCGGCUGUGAGCAGCCACUGGGAUCUCGUUCCUUUGUGCCCGACAAGGAUGCUCACUACUGCGUGCCCUGCUAUGAGAACAAGUUUGCUCCUCGCUGUGCCCGUUGCAGCAAGACGCUGACCCAGGGUGGAGUGACUUACCGUGAUCAGCCCUGGCAUCGAGAAUGCUUGGUCUGCACUGGGUGCCAGACACCCCUGGCCGGGCAGCAGUUCACCUCUCGGGAUGACGAUCCCUACUGUGUGACCUGUUUUGGAGAACUCUUUGCACCUAAGUGCAGCAGCUGCAAACGCCCCAUCACCGGUGGGACAGGACUCGGUGGAGGCAAGUAUGUGUCCUUUGAAGACCGACACUGGCACCACAGCUGCUUCUCCUGUGCCCGCUGCUCCACUUCCCUGGUGGGCCAAGGCUUCGUGCCGGACGGAGACCAAGUUCUGUGUCAAGGCUGCAGCCAGGCAGGGCCCUAAGCCAAGGCUCCUGGGCCUGGGCUUUCCCGAACCAGGGCUCCAGGACUUUGGCUCCUUUUCUGAACCACUUAAGACCCAGCCCCCCAG